AUGGCGUCAGUGCUUAGAUCGAGUAUACUACGCCACACACGGGUCCCGAUAUCUACGACCCUAACCCUGAACGAAUCCAAGCUGAUCGCCGUCCGAUCAAUGUCAUCGUACGGCGAUGUUCACCUCGAUAAGCAAGAAGUCAUCGGCCGAGUGCUCGACGUCGUCAAAAGCUUUCCCAAAGUCGACCCCUCCAAGGUGACUCCUGAUGUUCAUUUUCAAAAGGAUCUUGGAUUGGAUAGCUUGGACAAUGUGGAGAUUGUGAUGGCUCUUGAGGACGAGUUUAAGCUCGAAAUCCCUGACAAGGAAGCUGAUAAAAUCGACUCCUGCCAUCUUGCAGUCGAGUAUAUCGACAACCAUCCAAUGGCUGGUUAG